AUGUUCUUGUCACAAUGGACAGUUAAAUAUGAGCAGAUUGGUAGCAAUUACAUAUAUCGACCUGCGAACUGGGAUCCCGAUAUUGACUCUUUUUUUCCUCUCUCCGUUCAUUACCAGACUGAUACCCUUCAGUUUGUUGAGUACAUCGAGAUCCCCUCGUUUACUUGUCUAUCUCAGCAUCAGAGAAUGUAUGCUAUCCAACCAGCUGUUGAAGAUUACCAGACAAAUAACUUUAUUUGCAGAAACCGGUUAGCCAUUCGUAAAGGAAUUGACGGCGCAAGAUUACACACCCGUAUUGCUUUGGCAGGGAAGCCCCCAACUAUCGGGCGGAGGAGGUUCUUCGGAGCCUUGUCGCGGGCGACACCACCUGGUACAGGGAACGCCUUCGUGGCCGAUCCUGUGGCGAGCGUGGGUAGCGCCAGGCCGUCGCAACGCGCACAAAGGGUUGGGCUGGCUUGUGAUAGCUGGCUUAAGGCCAAAGUAUUAGAGGGCGUUUGGGGUAAUACCCUGCGCUGGGCUCUGUUACGUGGGAAAGAAACACACAAAGGAGCUUUGUGUUUAUGUGUGUGCCUGGGUAAUCUUGUUAAACUCCGUCGUGCUGGGGAUAGAGCAUUGCAAUUAUUGCUCUUCAACGAGGAAUCCCUAGUAAGCGCAAGUCAUCAGCUUGCGUUGAUUACCGUCCCUGCCCUUUGUACACACCGCCCGUCGCUACUACCGAUUGAAUGGCUCAGUGAGGCGUCCGGACUGGCCCAGAGAGGUGGGCAACUACCACUCAGGGCCGGAAAGCUCAUGUCUCCAAACUCGGUCAUUUAG